AUGUACCAUGUGGAUGUGCUGUUGAAAGAGAUGAACCAAGCUAGAAUUUCUCCUGAUGUGGUCACAUUCAACGUGCUGAUUAAUGGGUAUUGUAAGGAGUCCAACAUUACAGCUCCAAUCAAGAGAGGGGAAGGUGGAGGACAGCGUGAAGCUGGUGGAAGAGAUGGAGGAGUUGGGGUUGGCAUGCACCCUGUCUACCCUGAACAGCUUUCCAAGAUAAAUUUUUCCAUGCUUCAUUUAUGGCUAUUCAACAGCUUGCUGGCUAUUACUGUCUGCCUGUCCUAUGAACUUGUGAAAGGUUGCUUUGUAUUUAACAUUACGUGCAAGUUAAUUUUGACAAUAACUAUCAAGAUUGGAUUUUGCCAAGAGGAUAUUCAGAACUUCAUCGACAGUUCCCUUAAGGAUGGACAUGACCUUUCUACUUUUGUAAAUAAUGUGUUGGGGGAUUCCCUUGGAAUCUCAUACUGGUACCGAUUUAUUUAUCUUCAGUGCAAAGAAUUUCCAUUAUUUUGCUUUCACAUGCAAGACAGACGAGUGGAACAGGUCAACAAGGAGCCAGGAAACAUAUCCAGGGGAAAAGGAGAAUUUUUAGCUGUUUCAGUUGUUGUGUCCUACCAGCGGGUAACUGUUGCAUUCAACUUAGACGAGUUUGAUGAUGUUGCACAGGUGGUGGAGAAAAAGUUCACAGAGUCAGAGAUACAAGACUUUGUUAAGGCUGUCUCGGAUAUUGAUCCUUUGACAGUGAUGAUGUCAUGGGAGAAGCAGUCUCUCAGGUGCAGCAAGCAUUCUUCUCGUCCUCGUAUUUACUAUCGCCAGUUUGACUUUCUGGACUCUGAUACAGAGCUUGGAAAGGCAAGGAAAUCUGAUGCAUCAGGUACUGAUGCUAGCUCCAAUGCCAAGAAUGAUACAGAGCUCACGACAUCGAGUAAGAGCAAGAGGAAGAAGAAGAGGAGGAUAGUCCUGAUGAAAUGGACUGCACUUUGGCAGAAAAAUAAAGUAGAACCGGAUGAGGAGCCGAAGGAGCAGCCGCAACAGCAGCCUGCAGAGAAGAUGGAUGCUCCAAGCAGGGAAAGUGGCAGUGUAGGCAGAACAUUCCUAGAUCUAAACGAGCUUGCACCUGGAGUUGGCUUUGACAAUAGGCCAAGAAAGCUUGACAGUGAAAGAUGGCUUGGUCGCUUAGAUAACAGUUAG